CCUCAUCAUCAUCCUCAUCAUCUUCCGCCUCAGCAACCGCAGCUUCAGCAGCUUCAGCUUCAUUAGCAGCAGGACCAGAGGCGGACUCCACCGGGCUCCAUCGGGCUCCACUUGGCUCCAUCCACCGGGGAAACGAACGAGCAGCGCGCAUCUCCUGGAGGUGUUCCACUUGAGGAGGGGGUGAAAAGAUGGAGAAAUUGCCGAUGACCAAACGUAAGGACCAGGAAAUGCCACAAAACCUUCUUUUAUGACACAAAUCCCGGUUCAUAGGCAUCAAUCAUUAGGAACUAUUUAAAAGAGAAAAAAAAGAUUGCCCCGUUUGCCGCCCGUAAAACAUGGAUGUAUCUCCGUCCUCGCUCCAGUACGGAUCCAAAAAGCGGGUUAAGAUUCACCCGAACACGGUGACGGUGAAAUACGCCACUCACUUCCCCCAGCCGGGCGACGAAGGGUACGACGACGCGCCCUCUUUCGAGGAAUUUGGCGCCUUCGCGGAAGCGAAUGUGGAAAAGAGACUGGUGUCGGACAGCAAAGGCGGAAGGACUUUCUUCGGCACCAUGGAGACCCAGCCCAAGCAGCCGAGCGCGCAAAAAGACAAGGGGGUGGAAGGCCAGCUGGCCAGCUUCGGCGAGGCUAACGUGUUGGCCUCCAGGGUGACCUGGAUGGCCUUAUUUGGGGCGGCGGUGGCCCACGGUUGCGUGGCGCUGAUAACUCGACUGGCGGCCGAUCGCUCUAAAGUUCCCUCUCUUGAGCUGCUCUUCAUUCGCUCCGUGAUCCAAGUGCUGUCGAUCCUGGUGGUCCUCUACUACCACGAGGCCCCCUUCGGCCCCAAGGGCUACCGGCUGCGUCUCUUCUUCUACGGCGUCUGCAACGUCAUCUCGAUCACGUGCGCCUACACGUCCUUCGCCAUCGUCCCGCCCAGCAACGGCACCAUCAUGUGGCGGGCGUCCACCACGGUCUUCAGCGCCGUCCUGGCCUUCCUGCUGCUGGACGAGAGGCUGGGCUACACGGAUGUGGUCACGGUGGUGGGGAGCGUGUUCGGCCUGUGCCUGGUCAUGGUGCCGAACGUCGCGGACGAGGAGAAAUCCAGGCUGGGGUUUUGGAAGGAGGCCUUCGGCUACACAAUGACAGUGAUGGCGGGCUUGACCGCCGCCCUCUCCAUGAUCGUCUACAGAGCCAUCAAGGAGCGCGUCAGCAUGUGGACGGCGCUCUUCACCUUCGGCUGGACGGGCACGGUGUGGGGGGCCUCCACCAUGUUUGUCAUGCAGGAGCCCAUCAUCCCCCUGGAUGCCGAGACCUGGGGCUAUUUAAUCGGGAUCUGUAUCUGCUCCACCGUGGCGUUCCUGGGAGUCUACUACGCCCUGAACAAGUUCCAUCCGGCCUUAGUUAGCACCGUGCAGCACCUCGAGAUCGUGGUCGCCAUGUUCCUCCAGCUCAUCGUUCUGAGGAUGAUCCCGUCCGUGUACGACGUCAUCGGGGGCCUGGUCAUCAUGAUCAGCGUGUUCACCCUGACGGGAGUCAAGCUGUACAGGGUGAGCAGGGCCAUUCGGCAGGAUUAUCAGGAGAUCUUAGACUCGCCCAUCAAAUGAAUUUACAUGUGUCGGCCUGUUUGUUCACAGUGUUGCUUGGUUGUGCAAUAUAACGAAUGUCUGGAUCUUCAUCUGAUGACUUUUGUAUCGUUGUGCUGUUGAAAGAGUGCCAGUUGUGUAACUAAUGUCUUAAUAUUUGUGUGUGAAAUAAAAGACAACUGUAACAUGGUGACUAUUUCCCCCCUCGGUACCACUGCUUUAAUGUCUAAUUGUGUCACAUGCCAAAGUGUCAGCAAACACAAAAAAAGCAAAAAAAAAAAAAAAAGAUAA